AUGGAAAGCGACCCUACCAAGACAUCUGCAUCUGAAGUUCUCGAACGACUCCAAAACGAAACACAACGGGUCAGAAACCGCCUAUCUCCUGAAAAAUCGACAAAGCGAGAAGAUCCACCAGGAGCUACCCCCAUUGAACAACCUAGAGACGAUCACUUCGACGAUCCAAGUCCACCGGAAAUAAUGAGUGACCAUGAGGCCUUCAGGGCAAAAUUGAUUUCAGAAGUGCUUGGUAAAGAUACUGGGGACAAGGUGCCCAUUGAGAAAGUCGUUAUGAUUAUUUGGCAAUUCAGAGACGAUCCACAGGUCGUGAAAUUUAUGACGCACUUUGUGGCAAAGUUUGCUGGAUCGCGUCAUGUCUUUGACGGCAUCGAGUUUUAUCUGCCCCAGUUGGCGCACAUGAUUAUCCAUUUGGAGGCGGAGUGGGAUGACAAUAUUUUGGAAAGGUUCUCUCUCGUCAUUGCGCAGCAAAGUCUUCACUUUGCGCUGCAGCUAAAUUGGAUUCUUCAAGGUGCGAUCGAAGAUUACCAACCCGAGUUACCAGAUGGGUCCCCAAAUCCAAACUACAAUCCAUUAUUCUUCUCUCGUUGUAUUAAGCUGUUGACAAAUAUUGAGCGAUGCGUGGUUUACAAGAAACAAAACUCUGAACUUCAACGCUUGUACGAAAAGGGGAAGAUCACCAAGGAGGAGUUCCAACUCAUGGAGCAAGCUGAUCGACGCUUCAACGCUCUCCAAAUUACAGGUGACACAAAUGAAGAAGAAGGAUUCGGGGGCACACUGCUGUACAAGCGUAAAGUUCGGCAAGCAUGUUACAAGGCGAAAGGAUGGAAAAGUCGUUAUUUUGCAAUCGAAGAAAGAAUGUUGAAUUGCUACAACUCAAAGGAAGGCCGAUUGGUCAGGAGUAUGCCUCUUGAGGGUGCAGUAAUCGAGGUAGUGAAAAACAAUCCAAAGAAAUACCCAAAUAUGUUCUCGGUGUGCAACCGAACAUUUGAGUUUGCAAUGCGGGCGCGGUCGGAAGAAGAUAUGAAUAAAUGGAUGAAGAUGCUCAAGGAUGAAGCAACUUCGAGUCCAAUAUUUGGACACAUGGACAGCAGCAUGCACGCAGAAUCUGAGGAAAAGAACAGGGUAAUUAAAGACAUGACUUCGGAACAACGAAGUCGAUACGAAUUUUUCCGUGACGAGCGUGACUUCAUUCGUCAGCUUACAGAUAUCGCUGAAGAGUUGCGUUUCAAGGAACCGUCAGAACGCAAGAAACUAGCCCCAGGGAUGAUGAAACACCUGACGAUCCCUCCUUGCGUAUACUCUCCUCUUUGUAACUCCACUGACACGUGGCGAAGAGUUAGUGGGAGCCUGUACAAGGACACACGCGUUUUCAACACGAAUGAGCGUUGUCCUGUUAUUAUGUACUUUCUGUCGGAACGGGAGAGCGAGUCGGAUAUUGGUGAAUACUUGCACGGAAUGUUUGACAAGGCGGACGAAGUAAUCGAAACGGUUCCAGAAAACGGAGGUAAAGAGGGCGCCAAGAACAGAGAUUCCAGUACGAAAGGGAGCGAAAGUGAGUUCUGGCAAGAUUCCUCUACGAUCCCAGAAGACGGACCUGAACCAGAUACUGCUGACAAGGGGAAUAGGAAUCUGAAGCAGUUUCUCCGCGACGGGUUCCACCGCCUUCCAAACAAGAUUGCUAGCAGAAUGGAAAAGCAUCGUCGUCCAAGCAAAAUGAAUAUAGUUGCUGGUUUGCAGUCUGUCCCAAUCGUCGAAGGAGAAGCGAUGGAAGAGUUCACGGACAAAAUUAAAGGUGAUAAAGGAGACAUCGAUACUGAUAGUUUGCGUCGUUCCACUGAUGUGGUAUGUGGAGGGGAGAAUUGGUCAGACAAGUCUGCACGGAUGCUUGAAGAGGCGCAAGGCAAGCCAAACGACAAGAUCAACGAAGUGGUCGGUGUUAUGUCAAAGUCGAAUGACGAUCUUCGGCAAGAAGUUUUCAUCAUGCAAAUGAUUCACUACUACAAAUCUGUAUUCGCGCAAGCUGAUCUUCCCUUGUAUCUCAAGACAUACCGUAUCUUGAGUACCUCAAGCAGUACCGGACUUAUUGAAGUACUUGUAGACGCAACAUCAAUAGAUGGUCUUAAAAAGUCUGACAAAUUCCCGAAGGAAGGUGGGUUGAGAAAAUAUUUCGAAGAGACAUAUGGGAGUCCGGACAGCAAAUCAUUCAAGGAGGCACAAAAGAACUUUAUGCAAAGUUUGGCAGGGUACUCUCUCAUUGCAUACUUGCUCGGUUUGGGCGACCGACACAAUGGAAACAUUAUGAUUGAUAUUCAUGGACGCCUGAUGCACAUUGAUUUCGGAUUUGUCAUGGGAAUGGCGCCUGGCCAUGAAUUCAGCAUGGAACGUGCGCCGUUCAAGCUCACGAAGGACUAUGUGGACGUUUUGGGGGGGCUGAAGGAUCCAUGUUACAAAGAAUUUGAACGGCUUUUCGUAGAGGGUUUCAAAGCAGCUCGAGCAAACUCUCAGAUUGCACUUGGAUUGGUUGAAAUCAUGAUGUACAAAAGCAAUUACCCUUGCUUCUCAGGAAGUCGCUAUGGUGGUGGAAAGUCACUUAGACGCUUCGAGAAACGCUUGAUGCUCACCGUUUCGGAGAAGCAGAUUGAAAAAAGGGCACUUGGUUUGAUACGGAAAUCGUAUGAUCAUUGGGGAACUAAUGCCUACGACAAGUUUCAGAAGUGGUCUAACGGUUAUGAAAUCUAA